CGACGAUGAGUGUGGUGGCGAGGCGACCCAGCGUCUGCCUCACCUGCCAGGCUCGCCAGCUUCGACUCUCCCGCCGCCGAUUGACCACCGCGCCGCGACGCGCCCAUCCUGAGACAUCACUUGCUGUACGCCCCGAGGACGAUGGCUUUCUGCUCGACUCACCGCCACACAACUCCCGAGGCUUCUACUCGAGGAAGACGCUGCGGCAGUUGAAACACCAUGGAGAGCCUAUACCGGAGGACGCGCUACGCGAAGUGGCAUUGAGAGAAGCAGCGCUUAGCUUCGAAGCACUGUUUCGGGAGAAAGAUGCGCGAUUAAGGACACUUCGAUCGCUGUCAAACCCAUGGCCAGGCGUGCAGCAAGGCAAAAUACGUUUUCGCGGUCCACCUCGCCUGCAGAGGCCUGACGAUGCUCCCAUCUCACACGCCACGUUCCGACAGACCAUGAAGUUGGCUGUGGGACAGAAGGCUAUUCGCUCUGUCUUGAGGUCGCAAUUGCUAAGAUGCGAGUGGCCGCGAGAUGUGCUGAGAGUGGUUGCUGUUGCAAUGCUGGACAGUCAAUCUGCCAUGAAUCUCAUGCAUCUGUACGAACCGAUCAUGAGAGCGCUCUAUCGAUGUCGUAAUAACGUCACUGAUCCGGAAGUCCUGAGCACAUUGCAUGCCGUUAUCACGAGGUACCGCUUCGCCAAGUUGGAUGUUGAACCACAACUGCUGCACAUGGCAUUGAAGUUUGCUGCCCGGAGCAGAAGCAAAGCGGCAAUGCAGAGAUAUCUGAGGAUGAUAAAAGAGACCGGCCUGGGCAUGACUAGUAAUCUUUACAGGUCGGUCAUUGCAAAAUUCAGUAUUGGACACCGAGGACUUGGUGAGAUCCGCAAUGGCAGAUGGAGGAGAUCAGAUUUACGAGAAGUCCUUCUUGGGUUCAAGGACUGCCUCGAUCUACCUGAGGAAGAUCAAUAUCACUUCGGUACUUUCCUCGUGCGCGAGGACUGGCAAUUUCUUCAUGGCUGGGUUGCUGUUCUGGCACGCUGCCGAGAAGCCGAUGCUGUCUGGAACGAAUGGCUGUUUUGGAAAGAAUCGAAAGCAUAUCAGCAACCUCGCAGACUUCUCGUUGUUGGAGAAGAGAACAUCAGGAAGCAGACUAUGCCAAUGACGAAUAAACUUCGAGGGGUGUAUUGGUUCAUUGAGCAGAUGGUAUAUGCAGGCGACAUCAAGAGAGCUUGGAAAAUCGUGCGUGAGACAGAAGUUCCUCUCAAUCGAUUGAAGCACAGAAUCAGAAUGCGCAUGUUGGAUGAACCCGAACAUGCCGGUAUGUGGAACGAUAUGAUGCGAGAGGAAAUGUUAAAGAAGUACGACUUUGAUCUUGCGCGGAUUGAGCAGGGGUUUGGUGUUCGAUGGGUUGAGGAGGAAGGCGGAGAAGGACGCCACGAGUUAUGUAUGGAUCAAGAAGAGGCUUUGGAUAGACUCGCUUCGGAUCGAUGGAGAUGGGAGGAAGAGAAUGGAUAUCCUUGGGAAGAGAACCCGAUUCUGUCGCAGAACGAGAGGAAGUUGCACGAUGCGGAAGAAAGCUGAUCUGGGAGUCGAGUGGCGAGGAUGAAUGGAUGCAUAGCCUAGCAUAUGAUACCCUGGAGCACGAAAUCACGACUCUUUACGAUACUGCNAAGCCCUCCUUAUGGUCGCUUCACGCAUGGCUUGGCAGGAAC